AUGGAAGACGAAAAAGCGCAACGAGAAGUGUCGCCCGCUUCUUACGAAUAUCAACUUAUCGAAGCCCAGUCCAAGUCAGAGAAUGUUCUCCAGCACAAUGAUACUACUACAACGAAAGACUCGCAUCUAUCACCCCGAGCAUUUACAGAACCAAGACCAGGCAAAACCUUCUGCUUCGGUGACAAGUCUCUCAAGGAUACAGGUAGACACAUCGAUCCUCGGUAUAUCUUUCCUGCAGCAGGCCUUGUCUGUCUUGUCUCUGUCAUCCCUUUGAUAGUGUAUGCCACUACACACAAACAAAUGGCUCAGAUUGAAUUCACAACACAGUGGGACACUUUUGACUGCUCAAUUGCAAACAAGGCCUCAACAAGUGCACCUGGGGAUCUUGCCAUUAACCUCAUCGUCUUUGACAAAAUCUCCUUCGCUGCAGCAAAAACCAUAGAUUUGGCAUGGAAUAUACUCGCAGGUCGCGGUUUCCAAGUUCUUGCGGCAUUCAUAUGCUAUCGCUUGUUCACAGGAAUACUCUAUCUCCUGAUAGAGCAACAGAGUGUGUCUGCGGAGACCUUCUCAGCUCUCGCUUUCUCCACCACGAGUUUGUUGAGUUUCGGACCCAUCGUUAAGACGAUACACCGUGGCAAGCUAGGCCCAUUCAACACAUUCGCCGUCAUAUGGAUACUCAUCUCGAUCGUGUACUUACUGUUUAUUGUGACAAUGGCCGAUUUGAUGACUGGCUACGUGACUGGUGAGAUGACGUGGCUCAAGUUUCCUAAUGGUACUCUGCUGGAAACAAGAACCAUGAACUUUACUGUGGAGCAUGCUAUACUUAAUGAUGUUAUUCACGACCCCAAACCUCCUGAGAACGUCACGAUGCUAAACAACGUCACGAUCUCGCCAAAUUGGUCUAUGGAGGUUAACAUGAUUCCAACGGCGAUAGUAAUAUCGUCAUCUGAUAGCAAAAACGGCACUAUGCUUUUCGAGCAGUGCCUGGACGUAAACGAGAUGGGCAUGUUCUGGGCAGACGCUUACUUUGAUGUCGAGUCCGGAGGCGAUUGGUUUGCAUCCGGUGAUUAUCGAGCCACAGAUCCCACGCGCCAGAAAUUGCUUACCAAAUACCCAUCCGCAUCGUGUAUGAAUCGCUAUAUGCUUGGGCUUCAAGACCUCUUUCAGCGGCCAAAUUACAUGCCCAAUACGACGUGGUGGACAGACAAGAACAACUUUCGAUGCCUGCCCUCAACAGAUUAUGCAUGGGGCUUCUCGUAUCAAUACACCAUCCUCCUUACCUCCGUCAACAGCAUCUGGCUCCUCAUCACCGCAAUACUCUGGCUUCUCGUCGAGAUCAAAAGUCAAAGUUUGCAGAAACGUGGUGCCAUGGGGACUUGGCGUGCGGUACUUGAUUUGGCAUCGGCUGUGCAAGAUAGUCUCGGUCGUGACACCGGAGGGUACACUGAAGUUGAACUUGAGAAAGCGAUUCGAAAGCUACAGCCUCUGACGUACGAUGUAUGUGCAGACGAUGCGACGGGAACAGAGAGGAUCUCAUUGAGAGAAUGCGACGAGAACGAUGAGUGCCGGAAGAAGAAGUUCACGCUGAGGUGGAAGACAAAGUACUGCUAG